GGAUCUGCGGGCCCCAACCAGCACCCCUCUGAGCAAGGACUAUGGGGCACACCAGACUCCGGGGCUGUGGACGCACUACCUGGUGACCAGGCCUCAGAGGCCCCAGGGGGGCGCGGGCAGGACCCCGGGCCGUCCAUGCCCGGGGUGUGGCCGCGCCCCCUCCCCCUCCAGCCGGGCACCCCCGUGGCUGGGUGGUGUUCAGGGGUACGGGCCUGUCUGGGUGCCCCAUCGGGGUGCGGCGCCCCGGCAGCCACGCUGAGGCCACCAUGUGACAGGGCGCUGCUUGGUGGUGCCACCCGCGCUACAACUGCCCGGUGCCUCCUGUUGUCCAUGCUCCUGGGCCCCCGCGCAGGCCAAGCAUGAGGCCGCCGUCCCACGGUCCGGGGCUGGCGGGAGCUGUGCUGUCGCCCGCGCUGCUGCUGUUGCUGCUACUGCUGCCACCGCCACCGCUGCUGGGACGCCUGUUGGCGGCGGGCACGCCAGCGCCUGGGGCUCAGCAGGAAGGCGCGCUGGGCGUGGGCCGCGUGAAGCGAGGCUGGGUUUGGAACCAGUUCUUCGUGGUGGAGGAGUACACGGGCACCGAGCCCCUGUACGUGGGCAAGAUCCACUCGGACUCAGACGAGGGUGACGGGGCCAUCAAGUACACCAUCUCGGGCGAGGGCGCAGGCACCAUCUUCCUGAUCGAUGAACUGACAGGCGACAUCCAUGCCAUGGAGCGCUUGGACCGUGAGCAGAAAACCUUCUAUACGCUACGGGCCCAGGCUCGGGACCGCGCCACCAACCGCCUGCUGGAGCCUGAGUCGGAGUUCAUCAUCAAGGUGCAGGACAUCAAUGACAGCGAGCCCCGCUUCCUGCAUGGUCCCUACAUUGGCAGUGUGGCUGAGCUGUCACCCACAGGCACAUCGGUGAUGCAGGUGAUGGCCUCGGAUGCAGAUGACCCGACGUAUGGCAGCAGCGCUCGGCUGGUGUACAGCUUACUGGAUGGAGAGCACCACUUCACGGUGGACCCCAAGACCGGCGUGAUCCGGACAGCGGUGCCCGACCUGGACCGUGAGAGCCAGGAGCGCUAUGAGGUGGUGAUCCAGGCCACAGACAUGGCGGGCCAGCUGGGCGGCCUCUCGGGCUCCACAACUGUCACCAUCGUGGUCACCGAUGUUAAUGACAACCCACCCCGUUUCCCACAGAAGAUGUACCAGUUCAGCAUUAAGGAGUCGGCCCCCAUAGGCACAGCCGUGGGACGCGUGAAGGCCGAGGACUCAGACGUGGGCGAGAACACGGACAUGACUUACCACCUCAAAGAGGAGAGUGGCACCGGCGGCCAUGUGUUCAAGGUCACCACAGACAGCGACACCCAGGAGGCCAUCAUUGUAGUACAGAAGCGCCUGGACUUCGAGUCCCAGCCCGUCCACACCGUGGUCCUGGAGGCCCUCAACAAGUUCGUGGACCCCCGCUUCGCUGACCUGGGCACGUUCCGGGACCAGGCGAUCGUGCGCGUGGCGGUGACUGACGUGGACGAGCCCCCCGAGUUCCGGCCGCCCUCCGGCCUCCUGGAGGUGCAGGAGGACGCGCAGGUGGGCUCCCUGGUCGGCGUGGUGACUGCGCGGGACCCCGACGCCGCCAACCGGCCCGUCCGGUACGCCAUUGACCGAGACUCAGAUCUGGACCAGAUCUUUGAUAUCGAUGCGGACACGGGUGCCAUCGUGACGGGCAAGGGACUGGACCGUGAGACCGCCGGCUGGCAUAACAUCACGGUGCUGGCCAUGGAGGCAGACAAUCAUGCCCAGCUCUCCCGGGCAUCCCUAAGGAUCCGAAUCCUGGAUGUGAACGACAAUCCCCCAGAACUGGCCACACCCUACGAGGCAGCCGUGUGUGAGGAUGCCAAGCCAGGCCAGCUCAUCCAGACCAUCAGCGUGGUAGACAGAGACGAGCCCCAGGGUGGGCACCGCUUCUAUUUCCGCCUGGUGCCUGAAGCUCCCAGCAACCCUCACUUCUCUCUGCUCGACAUUCAGGACAACACCGCCGCAGUGCACACGCAGCACCUGGGCUUCAACCGGCAGGAGCAGGACGUGUUCUUCCUCCCCAUUCUGGUGGUGGACAGCGGGCCGCCCACGCUGAGCAGCACAGGCACCCUCACCAUCCGCAUCUGCGGCUGCGACAGCUCUGGCGCCAUCCAGUCCUGCAACACCACGGCCUUUGUCAUGGCCGCGUCCCUCAGCCCCGGCGCCCUCAUCGCCCUCUUGGUCUGUGUCCUCAUUCUAGUUGUGCUGGUGCUGCUGAUCCUCACCCUCAGGCGCCACCACAAGAGCCACCUGAGCUCCGACGAGGACGAAGACAUGCGGGACAAUGUCAUCAAGUACAAUGACGAGGGUGGAGGCGAGCAGGACACCGAGGCCUACGACAUGUCGGCACUACGGAGCCUCUAUGACUUUGGCGAGCUCAAGGGCGGCGACGGUGGCGGCGGCGGCGGCGGAGGCCCGGGCGGGGGCAGCCCACCGUCCUGCCGGCCCUCCGAGCGCCACUCGCUGCCGCAAGGGCCGCCGAGCCCCGAGCCGGACUUCUCGGUAUUCAGGGACUUCAUCAGCCGCAAGGUGGCGCUGGCGGACGGGGACCUGUCGGUGCCGCCCUACGACGCCUUCCAGACCUACGCCUUCGAGGGCGCGGACUCGCCGGCCGGCUCGCUCAGUUCGCUGCACAGCGGCUCGUCGGGGUCCGAGCAGGACUUCGCCUAUCUCAGCAGCUGGGGCCCGCGCUUCCGGCCGCUGGCCGCGCUCUACGCCAGCCACCGCGUGGACGACCAGGCCCAGGCCUCCUAGCCCGGGCCCUGCGUGGGCCGCCGCUUGCCCCACCCGGGCCCACUGGCCCUAGGACAAAGCCUUUCCCCUGCUCACCCUCUUCCCCAACCCCCCCACCUCCCAGGGCAGCCGGAUGGGAGGGGGACUUGUUGGGAGUGCACUCCCCCGGAGCACCCCCCAAGCAGGGGAGGAGGGGGUGGUGCAGCGUUGGGCCCAGAGGUGCGGGAAUUAUGACCAACGUCAUUAAAACUGCAGCGAGACCAGGCGCUGCGUGGAUCUGGGUUAUAAAGGGAGAUCGGAUGUUGUUGCCGCGAGGAGAAAGGGUAGGUUGCUCACUCCUGGCUUGGGGGAAAGCCCUGGGGUGGGGAGGGACGCUGCGAGCGCCCCCCACAGGUUUCCCCCGUCUGA